CAAAUGUCAAUUACCAUUUUAUUCAACUUAGAUCACUGACUUUGUAAUGUUAUACAAAUAUCCACAAACCAAAAGUUACAAUUCUGGACUUAACUCAAUGAUUCGAAAUGUAGUCAAUAUAUAAUAUGCGUGAAUUUGGAAAAUUUGGUCCAUUAAUAGGAACUGUAGAUGAAGGAACAUCAAACGUGAAAUUUUUGGUAUUCGCAGCUAACACCUCUGAAGUAUUAACCUAUCAUCAGGUAACCUUAAAGCGCUUUAGCCCUCAAGAAGGAUGGAUAGAACAAGAUGCUUUAGAAAUUUUAAAUGCAGUUUUAGAAUGUAUUGAGGUAACUAUUGACAAUCUCAAAAAAUUGGACAUUGACCCUGAGGAUGUUGUGGGAGUUGGGAUAACAAAUCAAAGGGAAACAACAAUAGUAUGGAAUUCUGUGACAGGGGAACCUCUGUACAGUGCUAUAGUGUGGUCAGAUGUAAGAACAGCAAAGAUUGUGGAUGAUCUAAUCAAAACAAAGGGGGCACAAAGUGUCAAUGCCGUGGCUCAAACUAGUGGUCUUCCAUUGUCUACAUAUUUUUCAUCAGUUAAGUUAAAAUGGCUUCUACAAAAUGUCAGUGUCGUACAAAAAGCGGUUGCGGAUGGCGAAUGUAUGGCGGGAACAGUAGAUUCAUGGCUUAUAUGGAAUUUGACUGGGGGCAGCAAUGGAGGCGUGCAUGCAACUGAUGUAACCAAUGCGUCGCGCACACAGCUAAUGUCCUUACGAAGUUUGCAGUGGGAUAAGAGAUUGCUAAGAUUUUUCGACAUACCAGUACAAUUAUUACCAAAGAUAAAAAGUUCCUCUGAAAUAUAUGGCUACAUUUCAACCGGACCUCUUCUUGGAACACCAAUAGCAGGGUGCCUUGGAGAUCAACAAGCAGCACUAAUUGGACAAAACUGUAUGAGAUUCGGUCAAGCAAAAUGUACCUUUGGUACAGGGUGUUUCUUGUUAUAUAAUACAGGAGAAUCCAUAGUACAUUCACAAAAUGGCUUGCUAACAACAGUAGCGUAUCAGCUAGGCCCAGAUGCACCGCCCAUUUACGCUCUGGAAGGUUCCGUAGCAGUCGCGGGGGACAUGUUGCAGUGGUUGAAAAAUGGCUUGGAAAUCAUAAACGAUUUAAGUGAUUCAGAAACGCAGGCAUCUGAAGUAAGCGAUGAUGAAGAGAGUCCUAUUUGCUUUGUGCCAGCUUUUAAUGGAUUGUAUUCACCGCACUGGAAAAAAGAUGCACGAGGUAUAAUCUGCGGGUUGAGCACGAGUACGCGGGGCGCGCACGUAUCUCGCGCGGCGCUUGAGGCGGUGUGCCAGCAGGCGCGUGCGGUCUGCGCGGCUCUGGCAGCAGACGGGGCGCCGCUGCGCCGGUUGCUGGCCGACGGCGGCGCCGCCAACAACUCCAGACUUAUGCAAAUGCAGGCCGACGUUACUGGGAUACCAGUUAUACGUCCUCUGAUGACGGAGAGCACGGCGUUAGGCGCGGCAGUGGCGGCGGGGCGCGCCCUGUCCGUGUGGCCAGCCGUCACGCCACGCCCGCCCGCCGACACAUUCAUGCCCGCCAUAUCUGCUGAAGAGCGUGAAAUUCGACGCGUGCGGUGGGAGUCGGCCCUGAGCAGAUGUAUGGACUGGAGCGGUGAAGAUGCAAAUAGAAACAAAGUAGAAACAGAUGAAGUUGACCACACAACAGCAGUUCUACCAUCCGGCCUAUUCUUCCUCGGCACCGCUCUGUUAGUGGUCAUAGCAGACAAAUUAAAAGUUAUAUAGACAGCUUUAGUUCAAAAUAGUCAUUAGAAAAUAUCUCUCGUGUUAGUCAAAUCAUAACAGUAUUAUUUCAAAGUAGAAUUAUAACAUGUUAUGAAAAAUUUAAUAAAUGUUACACUGAC